GUUGGAAACCCAGUCUUUGCAUGAAGCAGAUGAAGAUAUGGUCACUGAUGUUGAUUUCACCAGCAUGAUUUCUGAAGAAGAAAAAGAGGAGUUAAAGGCUGAGCUGGCCAAGCUAGAGGAUGAAAUUUCAACUUUGCGGCAAGUACUAGCAGCCAAAGAAAAGCACCUGAUUGAAAUUAAACAAAAGCUUGGCAUGAGCCUGAUGAAUGAACUGAAGCAGAACUUUAGCAAAAGCUGGCAUGAUAUGCAGACAACUUCUGCGUACAAGAAGACACAUGAGACCCUGAGCCAUGCAGGACAAAAAGCAACAGCAGCUAUCAGCAAUGUAGGAACUGCUAUCAGCAAGAAGUUCGGAGAUAUGAGCUAUUCUAUUCGCCAUUCCAUAAGCAUGCCUGCAAUGAGGAAUUCUCCCACUUUCAAAUCAUUUGAAGAGAAGGUUGAGACCACUGUCACAAGCCUUAAGACCAAGGUUGGUGGAACAGGCCACACUGGGGGCAGUUUUGAAGAAGUUCUCAGCUCCACAGCCCAUGCCAGCGCUCAGAGCUCUCUGGCUGGCACCCGACUUCCCGAGAGUGAAGAAGAGCUUCAAUGUUAGGAUGAAGGCCUCGUUCAGAGACUUACCGAGGCCAUGGUUUCUAGACCUCCCUCAAUACCAACAUGUGCAACAAAGUUUUGUGGGUUUUGGAAAACUGCCUCCCUGGCGUCAUGCUGGAGAAAAGUUUCCUCUUUGUAUUUGCAUUUUGGAUGUGCUAUUUUAUCAUCAGGUAUUUUGUAUGCUAUAGGAACCACAUGCCAGUAAAUGAGUCAUAGCACUCUACGUUCUGUAACAUUGUGACCAAAAAGUUUCAUUUUCACCUAACUUCUCUCCAGCAAUCUCCCAGUCUCUCUUACUUCUUUCAGUUUAAAGUUUUCUAUCUCCUGGUUUCCAGCUUCUCUAUCAGUGCUACAGCAGACAGAUGGACCUUGAGAUUUCUGCUGCCAGCAAUAGUCCAUACACCAGCUGUCUACCAGCCAUACCAGGUGCCCUUCGAUCUGGGGUGUCUGGACAUGAUUUAUUUCCCAGUGAAAUUAAAAUAACUUAUUGUCACCCAAGAAAAGCUUUUUUCUCCUUCACUGAUACGGUCUGGCAUUGCCCUCCAGUUAGUCAGCAGAGUUAAGAAGGACAGGAAGAGACACUUCGUUAUUCAUAUAGAAACUAAGCUGAUCACAGCUGCCCACUUAAGCUGAUCAUUGUAGCUGGAAUGGCUUCAGUUUAAAAAUAUGUUCCAUGGCUUGCUCUCUGUAGUUUGAUAAGAUUCAACAGCAUAAGCUAAUUAAAAAGGGAAGUGGGGGGGAGGGGAAGCCUCCAAUAAUGUUGCCUCCAUAUCUUCCCUUCAAAAAGAAGGGAAGGUAAAUUAUUUAUGACUGAACAGCACAAGUUUCAGUCAAGAUACAGCCUUAUGCGAAAGAAUAAAUUCCAGCAAUUGAUUAAAGAUGUGCCAUAAGAUAGAGAGCUCAUGCCUUCAGUCCACAUUUCAGAGCUGCUAGCUUGAAUCUCAUUUCUUACACACGAUGAGUAGGUAUUUCUUGUCCCAAAUUUUGUCCUUCAUUAUGGGGCAUCCCAACUGCAUUAUAUCUAUUUAAUCACCGAGAGCCAGUCAUCUCUCUGAGCUUUGAUUCAGCAUGUUUUCUUGCAUCUUCUUAACAUUUCUUCAAGAAAAGAGCAGCACACUUGUGGCAGUAUCUUGCUGUCUUAAUGAGCACUUGUCAGUCUGCAUGUUGCAUUGCUCUGUUCACCAGACUGAGAUGAGCACAGCUUCAUCAAAAGGAUAAACAAAAUGGAAAACAGUCUGGCUACUUUCAAAAUGGAUGCUUGUUUUGAGCUUAAGCCAAAACUUCAGAUCAGCGUUAGUGAGUUUGAUGUUACAGACUGCUUAAAACCUUGUGAGGAAACUUGGCUUUAUGUGAUUUUUUUUUCAUUGUGGCUUUUGUUAUAGUUUUGACAGCUAGAAAUCCCUUAACUUCUGUCUGGUAGAACAUUAUGAACUUUGAACUCUUAAUGCCUCUUCAACAUGAUUUUUAGCAUGGAAGCAAAUUGAAUUAGGUUUCUAGUACAGUUUUUCUGUGAUAGGUUGCUAGCUUAUUUUGCAGUGAUUUUGUGCAUAAACAUGAAUUAAUUUAAAUAAAAGUAUUAAUGGUAAUU